CGCGUCUCCAGUCCUCCAACAUCAAUGCCUACUACUUACGAAUUUCCCACUGAAAUGCCGGGCACUGAUCUCAAUUGGGCAUCUUUCUCGGCUUCUCUGCCAGGCUGAAUGGAAAGGGUCCUGACUGCUCACAAUGCGUGACACGCCUCCCUCGCCAGCGUCAUCGUCAUACCUGCCUUUGUGGUCGCACGAGCUCCUGCUGCAUUGCGCUCUAAAGCUUCAUCCAGGACCCCUUUAUAUCCCCAAAUAUGCAACAAAGACACGUUCUCCUUCAUAAACCGCGGCCCUCUGGCAGUCAUUCACCAUCCUUUUCUUGUUCCUCCGUCCUCUUCAUCCCAUGUCGCACCCGACCACGCUGCUGCAGGCCACCAGCCGUGUCAACUCCCAAGCUGAGGAGCCACUUGGGGGCUCUCCGAGCCUUGAGCAUCCCCUGCCGGCGAAACCAGACGUGCGGACCCGCGGCGACCGGGAAUGGAAGCGCAAGCGCGUCGAUAGCCAGAAUAAUCCUCGCGGAGGUCAGCGGGAGGACGCUGGCCGUGCGGGGCACGGUCGGGGGAACAGGAGGGCGCUACCUUUUUUUAAGAAGAUCUCUGCUUGCACUCUUCCACCAUCGACGGACAUCAAGGAGUCGACUGCGUUCCAGACCGGUGAAGGGGGAGGAAGAGGGACGCUCUCGGCGGUGCCGAUGCCUCCCGUGAUGGCUGCUGGUCAGUUAGAAGUGGUACCCGGGGAUACUUUUGAGGACUUGCACAAUCUUGCUCUAAUCGCAACGAUUACCCAAUCACUGCCGGAUCCACGCCAUCUUACAGCUAGAUUGCAGAUCAUUGAACGGGCGAGUCUAGCUUCCACUUAACAUUCCUCAUAUGUGCGGUAGCUGACGCGGAUGCAUUGCAAGGAGCGAGACAAUUUGAUUGAUAGGACUGCCAGCUUGCAACUCGAGAUCUUGCUUCUUCGCAAGCGAGUCCAGACACUCGAAUUCCAGGUCGCUCCGUGCUCCAACAGCCGUCUUAUACGCUUUGACUGACCGCCAGCGCAGCCUCCACGUACCGGAUCAGCGUCCGACGGCUCUGAACUGGAGUCAGAGGCGGAGCUGGAGUCAGAUCUCACCGAGAUUGAGGAUAGUGGAGGGUCGGAAUCGGAGGUGGGAAGCGCCGCCUUCCCGCCUUCACGGUCUGAUAACUGGCAUGACCAGCGGUUCGCGCAUCCAGCGGCUGAUUGGGAGGAAGCGGACGUGGUUCCAGAUGACGCGAACGAAACCGAGGGCGAAGAGUCGGAGUACCAAGAUGAUAGCCAGAGCGACUCUGGGGAGACUUCCAGUCAGAAAUCUUCAUCGAUCAUCGAGGUGCGCAAGCUUCGACCAGAGACGAUGUGCGCUCUCUACUAACCGCGGCAUGAAGAACGUCAGCUGGCUUCCUCCG